CAAAACGGGCUGUGUUUGCCGGCAGCAUGCAGUUGCUGGCUGGAAUCAAGCUGUGCACAGGCAGAGUUCUCACCAACCACCCCCAUUAUGAAGAUAAAGACCUGCGGGAGCGGACCAGGCAGGUGUACCAGGUGUACGCGCGCCGUUCCCCGGAGGAAGUGCACGACAUACUGAGAGCUGCCGGCGCCGACUACGUGGUGCUGGAAAACAGCAUCUGUUAUGAGAGAAGGCACAGACGAGGCUGCAGACUCAGAGACCUGCUCGACCUCGCUAACGGACACAUCAUGGACGGACCAGGAGAGGACGACCCAGACUUGGUUCCCGCCUCGCACCCUCGCUUUUGUGAGGCCAUUAAGACUGAUGCGGCAGCUUACACCGCCCUGUUCACCAGAACUUUUCAGAACAAAACCUUCCACGUGUACAGACUGAAGAAGAAAUGUAAGAAAAGUGCCAAGAGCCUCGGCGAGCCCGACGUGACCCCGUAGCAGGAGCAGGGUCUGCAGAAGCUUGCAGAGCUGGGCUCGAGGACAGAGCGUGGUUCCGGCUGUGAUCGUGCCCAUUAUUUUUGAACACACAGCCUUGUAAACGGCGGAGCGGCGGCCAGGUUCACGCUCUCGGCAGGAUUGUUUUAGUUACUGGAGCAUGGAGGCUCCUGCAGGACUUCCACUUUGGGUGGCUCCAUGCCGGCACACAUAAACACCAACAUACAAAUCAGCCUGCUCAUUAGCGUCUGGUGUCCAGAUGUAAAUAACUGACACAUAAUUCUGCUUCACUGGCAAAAUGUUGCUUCUUAUGUCAUCCUUAUGUCAGCUUGUUUUGUUUUGUUCUCCCCUCCGCAAUGAGUUUGGGGAAAAAAGAAAAAUAUAAAUAAUGGAAUUAUAAAAACACAUCAACAGAAGUUGUUUCACCCCCUGGUGGCUAAAACCGUAAGAAUUUAUUACAAAAAGUU